AUGAAACAGCCAAUCAGUAACAAUGUUAACGAGGACGAGGCUAACGAGCGAAAAACGAUUUCCACUCUGGAUACCGGACGCGAACCUAAACGGUUCUGCGCAGCUUGGGAUCACACCUUAGAGGCUACUCCAAUGCUCAGGGAGUCUCUCGGCAGGAUUCCUCGAAACGUGGGAAGGACAGGUGGAGACUGGACUGGGUUGCCUUCAGCCGGAAAGAAGAGCGAAUGA